UCCGGGGACACGGACACUGAAAUCGUAUAAAAGGGUUCAUAUUGUGGUGUUUCUCAAACCAUUUUGGUUUCGUAUGCUAGUUCCCGGUGGUGAAUUGGACAUUCUCCCUCCCUCAAAGAUGCUUUGCCAAAAUGACUGCCAGCGCAGACAGCCCUGCCUCCCUCCUCACAUCGUCUUCUUGAGGAACUUGCCCAUGAAUAGAAGCGUUGGUCCCUCCAGCGCCGUCUGUAACAUCGAGCGCUUGCCGCCCUGCGUGGAUCCCUGCUACUAUGCCAGGGUUCCUCGGGGCACCACCACGUACAUAAACCUGUCUAAUCUUGGCAGGAGACAGAUUGCCCUGGAUCCGUGCUGGUUCGGGAUUCCCACGUGUGUGGAUCCCUGCUGCCAGGACCAGAACAGGUGCACUACCAGGUGUGUGGAUCCCUGCUGCCAGGACCAGAACAGGUGCACUACCAGGUGUGUGGAUCCCUGCUGUCAGGACGUGACCAAGUGCACCACCACGUGUGUGGAUCCCUGCUGUCAGGAUGUGACCAAGUGCACCACCACGUGUGUAGAUCCAUGCUGUCAGGAUGUGACCAAGUGCACCACCAGAUGUGUAGAUCCCUGCUGUGAGGAGGUGACCAAGUGCACCACCACAUGUGUGGAUCCGUGCUGCAAGGAAGUGACCAAGUGCACCACCACGUGUGUGGAUCCCUGCUGCAAGGAAGUGACCAAGUGCACCACCACGUGUGUGGAUCCAUGCUGCGAGGAAGUGACCAAGUGCACCACUAGAUGUGUAGAUCCCUGCUGUGAGGAGGUGACCAAGUGCACCUCCAGAUGUGUGGAUCCCUGCUGCAAGGAAGUGACCAAGUGCAGCACCAGAUGUGUGGAUCCCUGCUGUGAGGAAGUGACCAAGUGCACCACCAGAUGUGUGGAUCCAUGCUGCAAGGAAGUGACCAAGUGUACCACCAGGUGUGUGGAUCCCUGCUGUAGACCCGUGACCAAAUGUGCCACCACAUGCGUGGACCCAUGCUGUGGCAGGUUUACCAGGUGUACCACCAGGUGUGUGGAUCCCUGCUGUGGGGGUGUGACCAAGUGCAGCACCAGAUGUGUGGAUCCCUGCUGCAAGGAAGUGACCAAGUGUACCACUAGAUGUGUGGAUCCGUGCUGUGAGGAAGUGACCAAGUGCACCACCAGAUGUGUGGAUCCAUGCUGCAAGGAAGUGACCAAGUGCACCACCAGAUGUGUGGAUCCCUGCUGUGAGGAAGUGACCAAGUGCACCACCAGGUGUGUGGAUCCGUGCUGCAAGGAAGUGACCAAAUGCACCACCAGAUGUGUAGAUCCCUGCUGUGAGGAAGUGACCAAGUGUACCACUAGAUGUGUGGAUCCGUGCUGUGAGGAAGUGACCAAGUGCACCACCAGAUGUGUGGAUCCCUGCUGCAAGGAAGUGACCAAGUGUACCACCACGUGUGUGGAUCCAUGCUGCGGCAGGUUUACCAAGUGCACCACCAGGUGUGUGGAUCCCUGCUGUGGAGGUGUGACCAGAUGCACCACAAGAUAUGUAGAUCCCUGUUGCAAGGAAGUGACCAAGUGUACCACUAGAUGUGUGGAUCCGUGCUGCAAGGAAGUGACCAAGUGCACCACCACGUGUGGGGAUCCCUGCUGUCAGGACGUGACCAAGUGCACCACCAGGUGUGCAGAUCCCUGCUGUGGAGGUGUGACCAGAUGCACCACCAGAUGUGUAGAUCCCUGCUGUGAGGAAGUGACCAAGUGCACCACCACGUGUGUGGAUCCCUGCUGUCAGGAUGUGACCAAGUGCACCACCACGUGUGGGGAUCCCUGCUGUCAGGAUGUGACCAAGUGCACCACCACGUGUGGGGAUCCCUGCUGUGGGGAGGUGACCAGAUGCACCACCACGUGUGUGGACCCCUGCUGCGCGCCCUGCUUUAUGCAGCCCACCCCCCUGUGCGCCAGCGUCUGCGGCCAGCAGUACUCCAUCAGCUGUGCCGAUAUCUGUUUGCGUAAGUGAUGGCUCCCUGAGCAGCUGUGAGCGGGGGGCUCCUGCAGUAGGAGCCACCAGGGGACCCCUCUGAGGUUCCUCUUCUCUGUGGUGUCCCCAACAGCUACGGAAUGAAAACGGUUUGCAGACCCCUGAACCCGUUGACGUCUUCCUCACCUCUCGGCUUUCCUACUGCCCUUCCUCCCCUAGGAAGGGUAGAACCACACAUGGUUUUCCUUGCAUUCUGCAUCGUUUCUAAUGUAUUUAUCUAAAGCGCAAUGCCUUUCCUUGUAACACAGAACCACUUGAUUUUGUGCCCCCAGGAUUAUUGCCUGGGAGAGGGAUUCUGUAAUUCUUUUCUGCACUGAUGUGGAUGGAGGAAUUUCCCCUGUUUGUUCUUCCUCACCAUCUUCUCCUUUUCUUGUAUGAAGCAAUAAAAACAAUUAAUCUUGGCAA